AUGUAUCCGCUGUUGGAAUACCGUCUAUCGCGUUUUAGCGGUAAAUCCGAUGAUUUGGCGUUGGCUUCCCAUAUAACCGGAGGCGAUAUUGAUUCACUCUUACCGCAUUGUUUACCGAACCACGAAGCACAUGCACAAGCACCAUCCUACACCGCACCAAGGAAAUCCUCGCUCGGGUUACGUAAUGUCCGUGUCACGGUACCGACGGCGAUCCGAAAAGGCGAACAGGCCAAUCUGUACUGCAACUACGAGAUGGAGGACAAGGAGCGGCUCUAUUCAAUCAAGUGGUACAAAGGCAAACGGGAGUUCUAUCGGUACACACCGCAGGAGCAACCGUCGAUGAAGGUGUUCAAUACGGUCAGCGGUGUCGAGGUGGAGCGCUCGCUGUCAAACGAAAGCGUCGUGGUCAUCAAAUCAGCAAACGUGUCCGGAAGGUUCAGUUGUGAAGUGUCAGCGGAUGCCCCCUCCUUUCACACCCUCAUCGUUUCCGGUGACAUGGAAGUGAUAGAACCACCAUUGGACAAACCGUCGAUAAUAGGAAUGCAAACACGGUAUCGACCCGGCGAUAUUCUGCGUGCCAACUGCUCAUCGCUCAACUCAAAACCGGCUGCCAACUUGACGUGGACGAUAAACGACAUGCAGGUACUCCUGCAACAAAUCAGACAAUACAGACCCAUCAAAGAUGAAAGCACGGGAUUGGAAACAUCCAUUCUUGGGAUUAAUGUGAUGGUAUCGCACAGUCAUUUCAUCAAAGGAAAACUGAAGCUCAAAUGUGAGGCUUCGAUUCACCAGAUCUACCACGAGAGCACGGAGCGGUUGCUGGAGGAGGACCGGCCCCGGAUAAUGGCGACCGGGUCGUCGAGCGGGCACAACCCGAACAUGUUUCAGAGCAGCGUGUACGACGGGGAGCUAACCGAUCAGGGCGAUCGGUAUCUGACGAUGAACGGGUACAAAGCAGACAAAGCGUCGCCCCCAUCGUCAUCGUCGGCUGGAAUGGUCGUCGGGUCCUACGUGAAGGUGUGUUGGAUCACCUUCUACAUCUGCACCAUCUGCACCGUGCUGUUGUACUCGCUUCGGGUGGGAAUCUCCUGAUUGUACAACCUGAAAGAGAUUAUCAAAAUAUAAAUCAAACCGACAAAUAGCGAACAAAUCGAAAUCCAAUCCCCGCCAGGAGAGAUGCACUGCGAAGUAAUCAACAAAACAACGCCAUCACAACUACGACAAGCUUCCAGAGAACGAGAGCGAGAGAAAGAUUGCUUCAACCGAAUCUUCCGUACGACCCCUAGAAGCUAGAUUAUUGUUUUACGUUUCUCCUCCGUCGGAAGCUCCAGAGCUACGGGCUCGAAGUGAACGAUAAAAGUGGCAACGAACCGGCAUAAUUGGAGUGUCCAGAUGACCAGCACCAUAUCCGAGAGUGAACGAGCGGCCAAUUUCAGUUUUCAACCAACCAAACGAGGAAGCCAACGAAUUACAACCUAUCCAACGUCAGAGCCAGGAACGGAACCGAUUACAGCGAACAGAAGUCAGCGACAUUUAGACGAAGAAUACAAAAUACGUUAAACUGUCAAGAAUUUAAUACAUGCUACCAUAGUUUUAUGUUCCGCACUUUGCACUCAGCAGCUGUUUCACAUGAUAGUUAGAUUGAGGAAAUGUAAUUCAACUUUGAGCUCCCAGCAGAAUUCCGUUCGUUUGUCUGUGACCAAUCUUUGGUCUGUAGAAGUUGGAGGGUUGCUGUUGUGGUUUUGUUUUCCGAAAAUUGACUGUAAUUAACCGGGAUUGGUUGGGCCAAGCAUGUACUCGGCUGGAAAUAGGAAAAUUGGCGUCAUGAUGUGCCGAAAAACACCUCUGUACGUUGCCGGACAUGAGUGCUGGUACUGGAGUAAAUAGCUCAGAGGAGGAAACUAGCGGUUGGAAAAUGGAAUUAAAUUGCAGUUUUUAUUUAAACUUAAGAGACAUAGAGAAUUACUGCGAAAGCUGAGGUGUUUGGAAUUGUGGCGUACUAAGUGGAAGAUUUUGUUCUGAACGAAUAAUCGACAGUUAGAAGAGAACUAGUUUUAUUUAUUUCUUUUUUUUAUCAAAGAAUUUAAAACUUAUUAAUUUGGAUUUCGAAACAAAACUGUUGUAUGAAUAUAUCAUACUGUCGCAACACCCUCCGGUCGCUGAAAGGUAUAAGAUGCUGUCAAAACAUUGCUAAAGUUGACCGAUAUUUGAAAUUUUAAUCUUAAAGAUGUCUUGAGAAUAUUAAUCAAGGUGAUUCAAGUAAGAAGCAGUGCAUUAUACCGUAGAUGGUACCGAAACAUAAAUACAAAUUAUCGCGGAGAUUUUGUAUUCGAUUUCUCGGUUUAAAUGCUUCGUAUAUUUUAGACUAUUCAUUGAAAAAAUUUGCACGGCAGAUGCUACGGCAUGAUAAGACAAAGUUAAGGUAGCCUUUGGUUUGAAUGUGAAUUUGUUUAUUGUAAAUUAAGAUUUGCUCAAACCCCUUUAAUGACUUUAUAUUCUGGACAGUAGUGCUUCCAGACAUUCGGACAUGCCAAUAUUCAUACAGGUCUUGCAUACAGAAAUCAUACAGAUUACAGACUUUUAAUUGAAUUUACAGACUUUUGCAAAAAUUUGUCGACGUGAAGGAAAAUAGAAACAGAAAAAUUAUCCUGAAGAAAGGAUGAGCAAAAUUUAUAAAGGAAUUCCUAGUAAAAGUAUUCAAAAAUAUGAGACAGGUUUCUUGAAAAAAAAAGUUUUAAACAAAUUUAAAACUGAUUUCCUUGGACGAAUUCUUCCAGUUAUUGGAGUUCUGAAGAAAAUCCUUGGAUAAUGAAUACCUAAAGUAUCUUUUACUCACUGUAGGAACAUUAGUAGAAAUACCUAAGAGAAUUAUCACAGUAACCCGAAUUGAACUUUUUCUGAGAAAUCCUGGAAAAAAUUAAGAAUUUUAAUUUUGUUUUUACCUAUUGAAAGUAAAGUUAUGAUUGAACUCACAAAUGUGAGCUUAGCAUAUGCUUUAAUUCACGAGAAACCUUUGGAUAACUGUUAUUUUCAUUUGCUCAGACUAAAGCUGGUCCUCCAAGAACAUCGUCCAGGUCUCGUGUCCGUAGAGGACUACCGGUCUAAUGAGCGUUUUGUAGAUAGUUAGUUUGGUAUGGCGGCGAAUUAUAUUCUUCUUGCAGAGCCCAAAGUACGUACAGUUCUCAGCCACGAUGCGUCUCCGAAUUUCUCUGCUGUUAUCAAUUUCGGCAGUCACCGGUGAGCCCAAGUACACGAAUUCUUCGACCACUUCGAUUUCGUCACCACCGAUAGAAACUCGUGAUAAGCGCCAGAUAGUCGCCUAAGAAAGACAUAGGGGAACAACGGUCAAUACUUAUUUAUAAUCAAAUCUUCAACUUAAAGUUGUACAGAUAAACACUUAUACUAAAUGGACAAUCCUUUAUCUGUAUGUGGAUUACAUAUGCCAGAAUUUUAAAUACUGGCUUCGUUGAAUGAACGGAAGCACGUAGUCCAUAAAAGCCAGUAUUGUCGUAGACGUCGUUGUGGAGCGUGGCAGUUUAAUUGAUUUAGGAAAGCUCUGCAUUAAAUAUCCUGCCCAAACACAAAGAGCCGUUGUUAUUACAGUAGCUAUUUUCUUCUAGCUACUAACGAUUCAAGGGAACUAAGCCGUAACCUUUCUUCAUGAGCGGCAAGCUGGUAAAGUCAUUCCAGGGCAGCACACGUAGAUCGUAUCUGAUAAAAUUCCGUUGGAUAGCUUCGAUUUUGUCAUUUAGUACGACGUGAUAGGGUGCCCAUACAACAACAGCAUAUUCAAGAAGUCUAAGAACUAUUCUACAAAAUAUAAAUUUGCGCACAUAUACAUCCUUGAAGUCGUUUGUAUUCCAUUUCACAAAGCCUAACAUAGCGUAAGAUAUUUCUGUCACCAUCAUGAUGUGCUCAUUGAAUCUCACUUGAGAGUCAAUUACUACUCCCAGGUCGCUAACUGUGGAAACUCGGAGGAGAUUGUUGUUUUCCAUUGAAUACUUAACGUAAAAGAGAUCGCGCAAACGGUUGAAGGAGAUAACACUGCAUAUGGAUAUGUUAACCUGCAUGCCUUUCGGUGUGCACCAGUGCAAAAGAUAGUCAAAAUCUUGCUGCAGUGCACAACAGUCGAGAUUAGAUUCAAUUGUACGGAAUAUUUUCAGAUAAUCGGCAAACUUAAGUUUUGAAGAUUUCAAACGAGUAGAGAUGUCGUUGGACGCACUGCGUGGCCAGAGCCAACUCUCUGAGUUUCAUCAACAGAAACAUUCAAUUGUGGCAAAUGGACAUUGCAAUGUUCUAAGCUACUCUUCCAAUCCCGAUAUUCAUCAGGUGAAUGAGCAGGGCGGACAUUUGAGAACACAUUCUUGAGGAAUUCAGCAAAUAAGUUGGCAGCACCUCCCGCAUUAUCGGCAUUAGUGCCAUCGAAGUAGAAAUUCUGUGGAAUACCGUUAUUACGUCUAAGCUUCCUUAGGGGCUGUCCACAAACCACGUAGACCGAAAUUUGACCUUUUCAAACCCCCCCGUCCCCCCUAGUAGACUUUCGUAGACUUUUCCGAAACCCCUCCCCCUCCCCUUGAAGUCUACGUAGACUUUUCCAAAUUUUACAAAACAUCAUAUGUGAUUUUAAAAAAUAUGGAAAUCAACCACGUUUCAAGCAAUUCAGCUGUUCAAAUCCAUUUCCAUGUGAACAUUAAAAUAAAACUCGAAUUUUAAACAUAACUAAAUCAAACUGAACAAAAUCCUAAAAAACAAUGUCAAGUCUACAUUCCAAUAAGUUUUGCGUGAAAAUUUCGUAUUUUUUUUUUCAAUUAAUAACCUUGAACGCUUCCAGGUACUCCAAAUAACUCUCCGUGAUAAUUCCGAUGCUUUUCUUGAAAAUUUCAUGCAAUUUUCCCGCUGAAUAAUCAUCUGUUGAAAUCCCAAGAUCAUUCUUCUGAAUUCCAAAAGUUUUCCCGUUAAAAAAAAACCCGAGUAUUUCUCCGUUAAAAUGUAAGAGAAAGCUUUUUCUUUUCCGGUUCAAUUUAUAAACUACCGCAGCUGUCACUUCAUACAUUUUUCUGUCGUUUCGCAUGGCAUACUACGAUGACAACAGCAAAUAUCUGCUUUUUGUUUCAAUGUUUCGAAGGUUUUCAAGCCUGCGGAAGAACUUUGACAGUUGCGGAAGAACUUUACGGAAUCCGCAAAAUGGAAAAAUUUUCCAGAGAUCCGCAAUAUUUCCCGAAAUAAUUUUAAGUUUAAACGGAUAUUCCGAUAUAUGUCCUGUGGAAAUUUAGAAUGGUUUCCUACUAUAUUUUCUUAAUUCACCUCGCAUUUUUUUUCUUGCAAAGAAUUUUUUGAAUAAUAUUAUGUGGAAAUUAUGGAGAAUUUUCAGUUAAAUUUUUUGCAAAUUUCUCGUAAAAAAAUCGUAAUAAGUUUUCAUGAAAAUUACAAUGGCUUUUUUACAAAGACUGCAAACAAUUUUUUGUUGUGGAAACUCAAACAGCUUUUGGUGGGGAAUUCAAAUAAUUUCUCGUGAAAGUUUUCAACAAUUUAUUUAGAAAUUACGUAGAUUUUCCAUCAAUAAUUCCAAAGGAUUUGCAUGAGGAAUUCCUCGCAAAAAUUUCGGAGAAUUUCCGAAAUUAAGAAAAAAAUUCCGGGGACUUCCCAGAAAAUCUCCAGUGGAUAUUCUCAAGGUUUUCUCAUGGAAAUUUCGGAGAAUCCCCUUUACAAGUUCCAAAGAAUAUCUUUUGGGCAUUCCAAAGACUUUUUCUUGGUAUUCCAAAAUGCUUCCUUUGUAAAUUCCAAAAAAAAUCCGUUGAAGUACGACAUAAUUUAAUUUCCAUAGUUUAUUUUAUUUAUUUAUUUGUUUAUUUCCAGUGGCGUAAGGUUUAUCUUUUUAAAUUGCCACAUUCGGCGACUCAUAGUUUUACAAUUUAAAAUAACAAAAAAAAGCUACAUUGAUUGUUUCAGUACAAUAUAGAUUAUAAACUACAAGAUUACAUUCGAUUCCAAAAAUUUCAACAUUGUUUCUUAAAACAGAAGUCAGAUGCUUCCCUUUUCACAGAGUGAGGUAAACUAUUCCAGUUAACUACACCUCUAACAAACAUUGGAGGACAAUUCCUGUUUACAUUAAGCUAAUUUCGCGAUAGUAUUGUCGGAUAGUGCAUUGUCCGCUAGUUCUAAACGAUCUUAAGCUUGCGUAGAUUUUCCCACACUGCUUCGAGACAAAAGUGUCCCAUUGGAGAUUGUUCUGGAUAAUGUAGCCCAAACCAUUCGCAGACUCCGUCCAUUUUAUCGGUUGUCCAUCCAUAACCAUAGUUUCCAAAGAAGUGCUUGUCGACAUUAAAAAGUUUUUAUAGAAUACUUUGGAGAAUUUUUUUGCUCAACAGAGAAGAAUUUCCUGGGGAAAUCCAUGACUUUUACUUCAGUGAAAUUCAUUACGUUUUUAUGAAAAAAAAACGGAAAAUCCUAAAAAAAAUCAAACGAGUGAACUUCGCACAAAGCUGCUGUAUAAAUCGUUUAAAAAAAUAAAAAGUCUACGUAGACUUUUGGUAAACCCCCCCGUCCCCCUUCGUAGACUAUCGUAGACUUUUUUGAAACCCCUCCCCCCCUCAAGAGUCUACAUGGUUUAUGGACAGCCCCUUACAAAUUACCAGAACGACGAUGGGUCCCGUUUUGCAUUCUAUUCGUUGCGAUGUAUGUAAUCGUAAAAAAUAGUGGUCAACCAGGAUCAGUGGUGCUUUUCCAUAUUGUGAAGCAGUUGCUUGUUGGUUUCACUCCGUUACUUUAGAAAACGUUUCCUAGCUUUUGGCAAUCCUUUUAGGAAGUUUGCGAAGCUCUGGAGUCUUUCAUGCUUGAUUGAAAUAAGUGCGGAAGCUGAUGAUUUAAAUACAGUCUACUCUCUACAUCUCGAUAUUCAAUAUCUCAAUAUCUCUUUCUAUGUCUAUGGUUCAAUCGCUCCCUUCAAUCUAUAUACAUUUUUGUGCUUUCUAUAUCUCGAUAACCUCCCUAUCUCGAUAUCUCUCUAUAUCGAUUUGUUCUAAUCAUAUUUUGUUCAGGAUUGUCUCUCCAUACGCCGAUAUAUAUCGAAAUUUCUAGCCUACUACACCUUUGAUUGAUAGCAAAUACAUUCGUUUUGUUGUCAUUUUUCAUAGCAACGAGCUUUUUUCGAUCUAGCAUCCAUUUCAGUUUUCUUUCCAUUCCUCGAUCUCUGCUUAUCUCGAUGGUCCCUUUAAUCGAGAUGUGGAGAGGCGACUGUAGUUCAAUAUUAUCCGCGUCGCUAACGAAUCCCAGGUCGAACAAUCUGUCAUUCACAUUAUGUAUUUCCUGUAUCUAUCGCAAGUCUAUCGCGUCAGAGCUAUUUCUUGUUCGGACGAAGCGUUGACAGGGAUGUAGGAGUUCAAAUCUACACCAAAUGCCUACAAAAGCCUAGGUAAGUUGUAAUCUCCUACCGGGCGAUAACUGUGUAUGUGACUUCAGCCAUAUCACACAAGUGUUGAAUGCAAGAAGGGUGAUCGGAAUAACAUCGAUGUUCUGUAUCUCGAUAUCUCUCCCCAUGUCGAUGGUUUCCUCGGUCCCUUCAGUCUACAUACAUUUAGGCUUUCUAUAUCUCGAUAGCCCCUUAUCUCGAUAUCUCUAUAUCUCGAUGUGUUUUGAUCAUAUUGUGAACUUCAGAAUUUACUCUCCUUAUGCCGAUAUGUUCAAUUUUCAGGCUACUAGACCAUCUUAACAAAUACAUCAACAACAAAAAAUGACAAAAAUGACAACGAGCUUUUUUGGAUCUAGUAUUCAUUUAAAUUUUCUCUCCAUCAUCGAUCUCUCCCUAUCUCGACGGUCCUUUCAAUAUCGGGUUGUGGAGAGGCGACUGUAGUACAAAUGUAGACGGAUUGCGUUGGCAAGGAUAGACAUACUGCAACUUGCUUUAAUCUUUUGGCGUUUACUAGUGGAACUAACUUACACGGGAUAUUCUUCUUGACACCGAUCAAUACACCUCCACCGCAAAGCGUCCCCUUAGUAAAUUUUCAAAUUUAACGAUGAUAAUGAUCAAAGGUUUGUACUUUCAAUGUAUUUACCAAUAAUUUAACUUAUCAUCUAGAACACGGAACAAAAAUUUGGAUGAAAAACCAAUUAUAUUAUGAGAAAACGGUUUUAUGCUACGAUUUUUGGGCGAAUUCAAACGAUGCGGGUUGAAACGCGCCACCCCGAGCCCAAAACGCGACAGCCCAAAAAUGUAAACAAACUGCAAAGAAACUGAGUCAGUUUAACUGACAGAAUAAAAAAACGUCCUAUUCUCAAUUCAACUCAAAUGAACUCGGAUGAAAUUUUAUUAAAAUUUGUUUUGCCCUUUAUGUUGCAUCAAAUAGAAUUUCUCCACAGCAUAGGUUCUUGGUCAUCCAAGAAAUAACUGGAGUAAGGCCUAACAGUCUGCGUGAGCAAUCAAAUAUCAAUAGGACUGUUUCAAAUAUGGUACAUGCCCUUUUUGAUACAUAGAAUAGAAUGAGUUCACAGCAUAGGUUAUUGGUCAUCGGAAAUCAACGCCAGGGGCUUAGUUGCUGAUCCUAAUCUGUAAACUAAUUGUUUUCUUUGUGUCAUAAAUCUGUAUCUAUAUAUUAAAUAGGGCUAUUAUCAUAUGUAAAACAGUCCGAUUUUUCUUUGGUUAUUGGUUUUGGUUGCAUCAUAUUUAAAACAGUUUGAUUGAUCUUUGGGUUCGCGUGUAGAUCGCAGGCCUCACUCCAGGGAUUUCUUCGAUGACCGAGAAGGUAUUCUGAAAAACUUUAUUUUGGGUGGUAUUCGCAAUAUUACACUUGCUAGCUCCCACUUGCUUCACUUUUUGCUUAAUUUUCAAUUUCUUGUUACACUUCUCACAUCUCGUUUUUCACAUCUUGCUACUCAUUUAUUAUUUUUUACACUCCUAUUGUGUGUUGGGGCCCUCCUUAGCUGUGCGGUAAGACGCGCGGCUACAAAGCAAGACCAUGCUGAGGGUGGCUGGGCUCGAUUCCCGGUGCCGGUCUAGGCAGUUUUCGGAUUGGAAAUUGUCUCGACUUCCCUGGGCAUAAAAGUAUUAUCGUGUUAGCCUCAUGAUAUACGAAUGCAAAAAUGGUAACUUGGCUUAGAAACCUCGCAGUUAAUAACUGUGGAAGUGCUUGAUGAACACUAAGCUGCGAGGCGGCUCUGUCCCAGUGUGGGGAUGUAAUGCCAAUAAGAAGAAGAAGAAGCUGGUCCCAUAACCUCUUAACAGGCGAACAAAAGAAACAAGCGUUUAGACUCAGCGAAGAACUCAAUAAUACUAAAUUUAUUCAUGAAAACUAAUAACAAAUACAGUCACAAAAUAAUGGUCACAUUUGAGUAAAUCAAUUGGCAUAAUGGUUACAAUCCAUCGCAUUGAUUUUGUUUACAUUUGGGUAUACUUUUUUUAUACGACUUUCGCAUUUUUACGCGGAUUUUUCUAAAGUUUUCUUAAUGCAAUUUUCUAAGAAGAUCGUAAAAGCCGUGAAAAAGUAAUAUAUGAUGAAAUGGCUUUUACGCGGUUUUUAUUUGACGCAUUGACAUUAAAGUAGUGAAAAAUCGACAGUCACGAUACAUUCCUUCGACUCGUUUUAAAUUAUGAAUAGUUCUACCCCAUGUUCCCCAAACACCUACCAAUCGAUAUUCUACCACUUCUACCAAUCGAUAUUCACCACCCAGCACUAAGCAUUUACAUUAACGUUCCAAUUGAGUGUCCCCGGUGGCGAAUCAAAAUGUUUAAGAGCUCAACUGGUUUCGACGCACUUUUCGAAUACCUUUUGGGUCUAGAGAUUGGCGUGGUGUCUACGACCGUGUGGAUGUUCAUGACAUGACUUCAAAUUUCUUGGAUAUCAUUCACUUAUGGCUGAACUUGAAGGUAGCUGUGAAGAGAAGACCUGCCUCCCCUCCCUGGAGCACUCCUCUUCUCCGUAAUCUAAACGCAAACGUAGUCAAUGGCAGCGCCGUUGGCGAAUUCUUCGAACCAUUCAAACGAAAAGUAAU